GUACGGGCGGAAGUUCACCCUGGUAACUGAUCAUGAGCCCCUGUUGGCUCUGAAGAAAUCGAAGGAUUACUCUGGCAUGAUUGGGCGAUGGGCAACGGUGCUAUAGAGCAUGGACUUUGACAUCCGUCAUCAGAAGCACGAGAGACACGGGAAUGCGGACGGGCUGACCCGACUGCACCGGCCUGAGAAAGGAGGUGAUUCCGUGGAACGAACCCGAACAGGAAAUUGGACCUCUGUACGGCCAAGUGGAGAUCCUGUCGAAGCAGUAACGUGGACGGGCACCAGCGAGCAUCCCACGUGGAUCGAGAAUCCGGAGCUGCUGAUCAUAGAGGCUUGGAGGACUAACGUGGAAGGAGAUCUUCUUGGCUUUCUCUUUGGAUCGGUACGGCCGGGUCGCCGCUUGUUGAUUGCGCAGGAGCUCAUCGCGCCGAUCGUGCAAUUAGCGGACGAUCUCUCGCCCGACAUCUACUCGCAAAGUGAUGACAGUCCUGCUCCAUACAUUCUCGAGCGAUCACAGAUUUCGUACCUUCAGUGGACUGCGUGCUUGGAGGAACCCAUGGACGAAGAUACGCUGCCGUCGCGGCAGGAGUAUCUGAAGCCGUACGAUAUCAUCCCUCACGCCUUUUAUCCGAGGGCGGAGGAAGUGGUGAUCGAUGACGACGACGAAGAGGACGAAGACGAGGAAACAUCGGAGGAGGGGAGCUAUAGCGAAUAUAGCGAGGGCAAGCUGAGUGAGGAGGAAGAGGAAGACGAAGGAACCAGGUCCGAGUGGGAAGCUUUGCCGGAGGAAGCGGCGAGGACGGGCACGGAGACGGAAGAUCCGGAGGCAGCGCGAAGGCGCAAAGAAAUUUCCACCGGGAACCGACAGCUGGAGUUCGCCAGCGGAGCCAGCCUGCGCAUCGGUAAUGACCCGACCAGGGACCCGAAGCCGCCAAAGCCCGAAGAUGGCGACCCUGCAGCCGCCACCUCAAGUACCGCGCCACGGAGACGGAGCCGAUCCUCCUCCUCCUCCAGCCCCACCCGUCCCCCAGUUCGCCCACGUACCGAUGUGGGCGAUAGGCCUUCGUCCUCGGACGCUAUCCCGCCGACCCCUUGAUUUCCUCACCCUCGAGCAAAUCCGCACCCCCGUCACCUUCCCUCCCCAUCCCUUCCUUCCCCAUCCCUUCCUUCCCAAUC